AUGUCGAGUGUUUUCUGUCUUGUAAUGUCACUCACAGAAGAAUUCAUAUUAUCUGUCAAAUGCUUAAUUAACAUCUGUUCAGCUGUUCAAGGAACACGUCUUUUAUCGACUGUGCUGUCAACUCAAGAAAAGCGUGAAGAGUUCACUCGGAUCCUGACUACCCUCUCUUUGGAUAAUUCUAGAAGUCAUGCUGAUCUAGCGUCUCUAAUUAUUGACUUGAUUUCAAAUUUGACUAGAGAUCCUGUUUGGUUGGGUCAUUUCGGUGAACAUUUUGAUAACAAACAUAUUAGAUCGAUCCUCAGCUCAGGUUCUUCUAUCCAGAAGUUUCUCCCAUACUUAACCUAA